GCCCCCGGCCGGCUCGCCGGAGCUGUACGCACGCGCGCGCCGCCUGAAGGCCAGCCGGCGAACGUCGACUGAUGUGCUUGCCACCAGGCGGCAGCAGCAGCGCGGCAGCGACAGCGAGAGCAGCGACGAAGUGCGGCCGGGUCGUGACAGCCGACUCAAGAGCAAGGCGCGGCGCAGCCGGCCGCCCGACAAGUCGUUUGAGGAGUACGAAGACGAGAUCCGCCAGCUGCACGUGCAGAUGGAGCAGCUGCACAGCCGGCUGAACGAGGAGCCGAGGACAGCGACGCCGCCGGCCGCCGCGCACAUCUGCCAGCCCUCUCCCGUACAAAUCACCGAGAUACUCAACAGGCUGUCGCUGGUGGAGCACGAGCUGCGCCGCGAGCAGAGCCAGCUGUCCAGCGUGCUGACAGAGAAGGAGCGGGUCAUCGAGGCGCAGCACUCGCGCAUUCAGGAGCUGAACGCCGCCAACAGCCAGCUGCAUACCAUGCUGGCGUCGCUGCGCACCCACCAGCACCCGCCGACGCUAGCCCAGUCGACCGCCAACGGCUCGGCCUCGGCACCCAUCUCAGACACCUCCGAUUACAAGAGUAGUUCGUGCUAGGACUGUAGAGCGCGCCAGGGUCGCGCUGCGGCCGGCCUUGGCUCGCGCCGUGCGGUGUUGGUGACCGCACGCCCGACAGUGUGGCCUGACUAGACCAAAGACUGCCCGUGGCAGGCUAUUCAGCUCCGGUUCGUUUGAGUACAGUACGCGCGGCAGCUAAUCGUCUCUCCUGUGGAAGGUCCAGUGUGAGGACUUCGUACCAUGCCGUCGUCUUGUCGCCUUCGUCAUCCAUUGAACAGCUGAAAAGCGCUGCAUCUCACUCCAGUAUCGCAGCGUGGCGCGCUUCCUCGCUUCAUGAACUGUGGUGUGCGUGCGUGUUAUCUCUUCCUCGUGUGUCGCGUAGGGUUGUCGGCAACUAGUGUUGUUUGCGGAGAACAAAGUUGGAACAGCGGUUAGGCUACCUCCGUCUAGCUGUGCUCUGUGCAAUGGUAACGAAGUUGCGUGCUGAGUGGGCACGUAUGUACGUAAAUGGAUAGUCAUCGGCUGGCGUCGUGGCGCUGCAUAGAUUGCUUUGUUAGAGCCAACCUUUAAGUGUUUGCACCGUGUCACAAUCAGGUUGCAAGUUUCUGCAAAAUAAAAGUUUCUUCAUGAACCGA